GAUCUACUUUUAAACAUAUUUUGUGGACGUUGCCAUCCUCUUAAAUUAAUCUUGAUCGCAAAAGUUUUAUUUCAACUCCACGAAGGAUAUCUCGCGACGAUUAAUUUUAAAAUAAGAUUAAAAAUUAAAUUUAAAAUUAAAUUAUAUAGAAAUUAAAAAAUGUCAAGCCACCCGGACGACGAAUACGAGAGUUACAACUACGAGCAUGACAAGCAUAUGAGUUCAGGCAAGAGUGGCAAAGGAAGGACCAAAAAAGAAGCCGAAAUGAACACUAACAGGCCAGAUCCCGGAGGUCACACACGGAAAACCGUGACCAAACUAAUGAAUAGUCACCAUAACGAGUCCCAGUCGGCCAGCGCUCCGAAAAGUCACUCGAAUCCACCACAGCAGCAACAAUCUGCUGACAACAAAGAAUUGUCAUAAAGUUGCUAAACAAACGCUAAUAAUCACUAAUCCUUUUGUAUUCCUGCUGGUUUUUGUUGUGGAAUAUUAAGUUUUUGAGAAUGUUAUUAGCAUACAAAUACAUAUUUACGCGUUACUUAUAUAUAUACAAAUACAAUUGUUAACUAUCAAUUUUAUUAAUGGAUACUAUGUAUAAUCCCAUCCAUUCAAGUUUUUAAUUCAGUGUGUUUGUCUUAUUUUAUGAUAUUUAAUUAAUAAUUCAAUUUUAUUGGUUUCCUUUUUUUGUUUCUUUUGUUAACUUGUUUUGGUGGCUUGAAAUUAUGAAUAAAUAAUUGAAUAAAAACUAUACAACAUGUGUACAUCCCAAUUAAUAUAUCCUAUGUAUUUGCUGAUAGUUAUCUAUUCUCCUCACCUCGUAUAAUUAUAAGUGCAAUCCUAUCUGCCACGCUCAUUCUAUUCAACUGAUGAUAUAUACAUAUAAAUUUACAUUACAAAUAUCAUACAUAAAUAAAUAUAUGUUGGUAAUAGACCAUAAUUUUUACAAUAUUUAAUUUACAGAAUAUUGUAGAAAAUAAAUUUAUAUGUAUUUAUAUAUAUAUUAUAACAAAAGUGUUUAACCAGCUUUCUUGUUUUUCAUUAAUAAUUUUACGAUGUACAACGUAGCAUGUAGUUUUUUUUACGACAAAACCAUCCAAUCCACAGCAAGCACUGACCUCUCCCAUUCCAUACAAUAAUAAUUAUGUAUAAUUAAUUAUAAUUUAUGAAACUUUUUCACAGGGCGUAUCGAUCACCAUGCUAUAUUGUCUCAAACAGAAAUACAGAAAUUAAAAGAAACAUGGG